AAAAUGGCGCUGCCCUCGAUGUAUUAUUAGUUAACCUUCAUCCAAAUUGUUAAUUAAAAUCUGUCCGUCAUGUCCGUGACACGCGAGAUGUUACGGUAAUCACUGGCAAAAAUGCGUCUUACAUUAAUGCAGAUUUAAUAUACAAAUAACACAAAAUCUAUAUAUUAACACAAGUUAGAAUAAUUUAACGCCUGUACGAAUUAUAUUUUGAAAAAUGACUGUGCUGCGCGCUGUAUUAUUCAAGUGUCAUAACAAUUAUUCGGUAAUUUCACGGUAUUCCAUUCAGAAAAACAUUAUACAAGGAAAGAGUCAGAGAGUAUGGGAAGUAACAAAACGUGAAUUUACAAAAGUCGCUCAGAGUUGUGCCAAAGAAAAUGUGAAAGAAUCCAAGCUUUCUUCCUACAUUUUCAAGUUUGGCUUUGGCGGAUUUGGAGUAACAGCUGCUUACAUUUUAAAAUCACACGAUCAAAUUGUGAUAUGCAGAGAAGCCAAAAGAAUAAGCGACAUAAAACCUCAAGAUCCUGAAUUCAAUUUUGAAUGGAGAAAAUUCUUCAAGUAUUUGUAUCCACAUAUUUGGUACUUAUUAUUAGCACUUUCAAGCGCACUGAUAGUUGCACUGUUAAACAUUCAAAUACCACAGUGUGUUGGAAGUGUCAUAAAUGUGCUCACAGAAAUUUGUAAGAACAAAAGUGAUUCUGCAAAACAAGUCAUCUUGCAGCUUACUCAACCAGCUUUUACACUCGCACGGAUGUACAUUGCACAGGCAUUCUUUACCUUCGUAUAUAUUUAUACACUCUCACAUGUCGGUGAAAAAGUCGCGGUGAGCUUACGUCAGGAUUUGUUCAGGUCUAUUAUCAUGCAAGACGUAGCGUUCUUUGACAAAACACGUUCUGGUGAAAUAGUAAGUCGAUUGACCAGUGAUAUUCAAGACUUUAAAAGCUCAUUUAAGACCUGCAUUUCUCAAGGCUUGAGAAGCUUUACGCAAAUUAUCGGUUGUGUCGUCUCUGUAAUAGUGAUAUCGCCACAAUUGACCACUCUGGUGGUAUUCAGUUUGCCUGCGAUAAUUUUCAUUGGCACUCUUCUGGGAAAAAGUUUGCGCAAACUGUCUAUGGAGGCGCAAAAUCAAGUUGCAAAAUCAACUGCCGUUUGCGAGGAAGCUAUACAAAACAUUCGAACGGUAAGAGCUUUCGCGGCGGAAGAGAAAGAGGCGGAAAUGUUUUACAAAGAGAUCGAACGUUCGUGUGAACUGUACGAAAAAUUGGGUUUUGGUAUUGGUUUCUUUCAAGCAGGAACAAAUUUAUUGCUUAACGGCAUUCUACUUUCCACGCUGUACUUCGGCGGGCAGCUGCUUUCCACAGGACAGUUGUCUCCGGGAGAUCUCAUGGCGUUCUUGAUGGCUACGCAAACCAUACAGAGAUCAUUAAGUCAGCUGUCGGUGCUCUUUGGAACUUUUGUUAGGGGACAAAGUGCAGGUGCUAGAGUUUUCCAGUAUUUAGAUAUACCUCCUUCUCCAAUGAUGACUGGUGGCGACAUAAUCACAGACCAGUCUAUGGCGGGGAACAUAGUUUUUAAGGAUGUAAAGUUUAGUUAUCCUACUAGACCGGAUCACGUGAUUUUGAAGAAUUUCAAUUUACAUAUUCCUGCGGGAAAGACCGUGGCAAUAGUCGGUACCAGCGGUAAUGGUAAAUCAACCGUGGCUGCGUUAUUAGAAAGGUUCUACGAUGUCGAUGAAGGUUCUAUUACAAUCGACAAUCGAGAUAUCAGAUCUUUGAAUUCGAGUUAUCUCAGAGGUAACGUUCUGGGAUACAUCAAUCAGGAACCUACUUUAUUCGCUACUAGUAUUAUGGAAAACAUUAGAUACGGAAGACAAGACGCAACGAAUGAUGAGGUCAUCGAGGCAGCUAAAGAAGCGAACGCUCACGAAUUUAUAACUAAGUUCCCGGAUGGUUACGCGACCGAGGUUGGAGAAAGAGGCACACAGCUCUCGGGUGGACAAAAGCAACGAGUUGCCAUUGCUAGAGCUUUGUUGAAACAACCAUCUGUUUUAAUUUUGGAUGAGGCAACAAGCGCGUUGGACUAUGAAAGCGAGAGAGUCGUUCAAAAGGCAAUUGAAAACGCUACAAAAGGAAGAACGGUACUUGUGAUCGCUCAUAGGUUGAGUACUGUUAAAAAUGCUGACAUAAUCGUCGUAUUACAACGUGGUGUUAUUGUGGAGAUGGGCACGCAUACGGAACUAAUUAAACAAAAAGGCGUCUAUUACACACUCGUUAACGAGCAAGAAAAAGAGAACAUGUAAUGACAAUGAGAUU